AUGCGCGCUACUUUCCUUGCUGCCACUGCAGCAUUUGCAGUUUCCGCUUUAGCCUACCCACACGCUCAUACCAAGCAGGCAAACGUCACGGAGCAAUGGGGAUCCUGGAUCGUUAGCAACCUCAGCUCCAGCUACCCUCCGUCUGGGAGCCACAAAUCUCUUGACUUCCUCAUUCAAUACGAAUCCCAGGCGGAUAGCGUUCACUGCAGCGCCUACUUCCCGGGAACAGCACAGGGCAUCGGACCCAACCAAUCCUACACUCCGUGCGAUGACGAGGCGGUAUCGUUUACUUCGGAUUUGUCAAUCGGCAAUAUCUGGAUAUUUCAGAAGCUGUACCAGCGAAGUGCCAUCGUCCUACUGAAGGGAAAUGCUUCUCUGUCCCUGUACGGAGGCAACUGCACCACCAACGCAGUCGGUGGCGGCACGUGCUCUGGUGCUCCUUUCAAAGUACCCGUCACAUCUGUCAGCUACCAGCUUGCGAAUGGUACCAUCAUCGAUGGCAACAACACCUCUUCGGCAGGCGACGACACUCACGGAGAUUACGCGGAAGAGGACAAUGACAAGCAUGGCCAAGGCUACGACGAUGAUGGAGAUUAUGACAAUUCUACAGACGACAGCAGUGACUCUGGAACCGCGACUUAUACCGAAGACACUUAUGUUCAAGAAGAGAGCACCGACUCGGGAGAUGACGAACCAUAUGAUGGGCAAUAUCACCUCCAUAAAUUUUUCAUACUUACUCCAGAGUAG